GCUCGAGUCGGCGUGCCUGAAUGACACCGCACACUGCGCACGCGACGCCGUAAAGAAAUGCAGGCGUUGUGUAAUUGGUGCCGAUCCAUCGCUGCGGCAUAACGGGCAGCUAAAAGCAAAGGGGCAGCCAGGCACCAUGCGGCUGCUGUACGCCAUAGCACCUCUCCUCGUCGCGGCCAAGAGUCGACUGGCCAUGCGGCUUGACGACAACGCAUUACUACGUCGCGCCAAGGCGAUCGACGACUGGUUCGCCGCGCCGACGAAUCGCACGACGCCGGUCGCCUGGACCGUUCGACGGAAGAGCGACGUCCAACUCUGGGAAAAAAUCUCGAGCAAGGCCAAGACGGUGUACCGCGGCAGCAUGCGGGGCGCGCCCGUCAUCGUCAAGGGGAAGGGCCGCCACGCGGCGCAGGGCGACUACGGCGGCGACGUGCUCUGGGAGGAGAUGAUUUAUUUGGAGGCGCUGCGCGGCGAGCCGGGCAUCGUCCCCCUGCACGGCGCCUGGUUCUCGGACGACGCGCGGCACGUGAGCUUCGUGGUGGGCGACUGCGGGCCGCCGAUCGGGAAGACGUCUCGGGACAAGCCCCCGCUCAUGUCGCGCGCGUUCGACAAGCGCGCGCGGAAGAGACCGCUGGAGCUGGCGAAGGCAAUUCUAGAGUGCUUUGGUGCCUGGGCGUCGCGCGGAUACAUAUUGGACGACUUCAAGGCGCAGCAGUUCGCGAUGGAUGAUGCUGACGGGACGGUUUGCAUGGUCGACGGCCCGAAACGGCUCACGGAGUCGCCGCUAGGUAAAGCCGCGCUGCGUCGGUGGCCGCUCAAGGGUGUGGGUCGCCGCUCGGUGCCUCGGGUGCUCAACAACACCGCCCGAGCGUGCCGCAAGGAUACGGAUUGCCCGGCCUUCAAGGAAAACUUGAGCUGCCGCGGCGAGCCCGGCAUCCACACCCCGUGCGAGACGGGCGCCGUCGGCGCGCCCGAGAGCCGCGGGACGUGCCUCGAUGGAGCGUGCUUGCUCUUGUCGGAGAAGACACACGUCUUCGACGUGGCGAACCGUCCAUGGUUACUCCCGUUCAUCCACGACCGCGCGACGAGCGGGCCCGAGCGCGAGUUGCUGGGGGAGCUGAUGCGCCUCGCGAACCAGCGGCGCCCCGAGGACCGCCCGUCCUUCGCGGAGCUCGUGGACCGCAUCGACCAGUUCGCGACGCGACCGCGGCAUUAAUUCAUUCACAUACUA